AUGACUGCUAACAAUGGAAGAGGAAGUGAUGAAAAUAAGAGAAAAAGCAAUGUGAUUAUUGGUAAUGAGAAUAAUGGUUUGACUAGAAAUUUUGCUUCUUUAGUUGGAUCUGAACCUCCUAGUACUAGUUUUUGUUCCACCACAGAUCCUAAACACAUUGUUGAAAAAUUGCAUGUUAGGAAGUAUCAUAAUAGCUUUAGUAGAGAAGUUGCAUUGAAAAAAGUUGAAGAACAGAUACCUCUUAGGUUAAGCAAAAGGCAAAAGGGAAGUGAUUCUAGGAUAAACUUAAAUCAUGAACCGCGUAAAGGUUUCGGUAAUUUGAGUAAUAGUAGUAAAAUGCAAAGUGCUUCAUAUAUGUCUAGUUAUCCUCAAAAAGGAAAGGGAGUUAUUCAGAAAGAUUUGGAUAAUGUUAUGUCUGGCGCGGAAUGUUUUAACGGCGGAAUCGUGUUAAGAGUGUGGAUGAAGUCUGAGAGUCAUAGAAUGAAGAAAACAGAAAGGUUGUGUAUAUUUAAACAGAUCUUGGAAUUGGUUGAUUUUGCACAUUCUCAAGGGUUUGUCUUGCAAGAGAUAAAACCGUCUUGUUUCACGUUAUCGCCUUCGAAUAAGAUUAAGUACAUUGGUUUGUAUAGUCAACAAGUGUUUGAUGACAGACAAUCGUGUUUCACCGUGUUUAAGUCGUGUCUUAAGGCCAUCGUGACUUGUAAAGAGACGGAAUCUCUUAAGCAGCAGCAGCAUUUUAAUGGAAGUAGGACUAAAUCGGAGAAUCAAACUGAAUGCGACACGAGCAUGUUCAUUGAAUCAAGGGUUAAAGAGAGGAUGUGUCCAGAUGGUUCGAGUUAUCAACACGGUUUUGCAGAAGAUAAACAGUUAGAAGAGAAGUGGUACACUAGUCCAGAAUCGGUCGACGAUGGAAGUUCUACUUUUUCAUCAAAUGUUUAUAGCCUUGGAGUUAUUCUUUUUGAGUUGCUGUGCAAUAUUGAGUCAUUGGAAGCACAUUCAUCUGUGAUGUUUGAUAUGCGUCAUCGAAUCUUACCGCCGAAAUUUCUAUCACAAAAUGCAAAGGAAGCUGGCUUUUGUCUAUGGCUUCUGCACCCUGAGCCUUCUUCUCGUCCGAAUUCCAGGAUGAUUUUAGAAUCUGAGUUUAUAAGCGAAUUAGAGGAAUUGAGUUCUGGCGAUAAUGUUAUAGUAUCUGAAGGCGAUGUAGUUGACACUGAGGAACUACUGAAUUUUCUAGUUUCGGUUGAAGAAGAAAAGAAAAAACAAGAAGCCAAAUUGGCAGAAGAGUUAAAUUUUUUGAAUGAAGAUAUUAAGGAGGUGGAAAGAAAUCAUUCAUAUGAGACUGAUUCAGUAUUUCCUUUGGCACAAUUGAACUAUCGAAACUUUCAAACUUCUUCCACAGAUAUCGGUCGAUCUAUUCAAAGGUCAUUCCCUGACAAAGCAAGAUUUAUGAGUACUAUAAGUCAGCUAGAGAACAGUUACUUUUCCAUGAGAUUCCAAGGCCUGCUCAAGGACGCUGCAGCGGUUAAAACCAGCGAUAAAGCCGUGAUGGAAAGUAGAUGGCGAUUGCCGCAUUUGGAGAAUGUUAUUAGUAGUGAUCCGAAGAGAAUUCAAGGCUCUAUCGCUUGUCUAGGACCUUUCUUUGAUGGUUUAUGCAAAUUCGCUCGUUACAGCAAGUUUGAAGAGCGCGGAACAUUGAGAAAUAGAGAUUUGCUUAGUUCUGCCAAUGUGAUAUGUGCCUUGAGUUUUGACCGCGACGAGGACUACAUAGCAGCCGGUGGAAUUUCGAAGAAAAUAAAGAUAUUUGACCUCAAUGCUACUUCGAGUGAUUCUAUAGACAUUCAGUACCCCGUUGUCGAGAUGUCAAACAAAUCGAAGCUUAGUUGCGUGUGCUGGAACAGUUAUAUCAAAAACCAUCUGGCUUCUACUGAUUAUGAUGGUGUGGUUCAGAUGUGGGAUGCAGGCACUGGGCAGCCACUGUCUCAAUACAUGGAGCACCAGAAGAGAACUUGGUCUGUUCACUUUUCGGUGUCUGACCCGAAAAUGUUUGCUAGUGGAAGCGACGAUUGCUCGGUCAAACUGUGGAAUAUCAGCGAGAGAAAUUCUAUAGGAACCAUAUUGAGUCCUGCAAAUGUAUGUUGUGUUCAGUUCUCUGAGUACUCUUCAAAUCUUUUGUUUUUCGGAUCGGCUGAUUACAAGGUCUACGGUUAUGAUCUUCGCCACACUAAAAUCCCUUGGUGUACAUUAUCUUGUCAUGGAAAAGCUGUUAGCUAUGUAAAAUUUAUAGAUGCACAAACAGUUGUGUCUGCUUCCACUGAUAACACUUUGAAGCUAUGGGACCUGAAGAAAACUAGCUCGGAUGAGUCGUCAUCUAAUUCUUGUGACUUAACCUUUCGAGGUCAUAGUAACGAAAAGAAUUUCGUUGGUUUAUCGGUUUUGGAUGGAUACAUUGCAUGUGGUUCAGAAUCUAAUGAGGUAUACUGUUAUCACAAAUCUCUGCCAGUGCCAAUUGCUUCUCACAAAUUCCAGUCAAUCGAUCCUAUUUCCGGCCAUUCAAAUAGUUGUGACAACAACGGACAAUUUGUUUCGAGUGUCUGCUGGAGAAAGAAGUCUAACAUGCUUGUCGCAGCCAACUCAGUUGGAAUUGUGAAACUACUGCAGAUGGUGUGA